UUGGUUUUUAUGCUGUUGAGUUUCAAAAUCAAAAUUGAAAAUACCAACUAGAGGUUAAGGCUACUUAAGGAUUUAGGCAACAGCAAUUACAGCACCAACGGAUUUUCUACCAAAUUAAGAGGAGCAGCGAGGAGCCAAACGCAGCAGCAACCAGAGGAACAGAGGAACAGCAAAACGCAAAUCACUUUAUACCUCACACCACCCCCCACACACACACACACAUACACACACAAAUAACUUGAUAAGUUUAAGCCGCAACUGUACAUUGUACUUAAGUGUUCAAAGGAUAUUUAGUUUACUUUGUAUAUAGGAAAGUAGCUAAAAGCACACGGAGUCGAGCCACAGUCACUAGCAACUAAUUAACUACGCGAGAUAACCUUGUAGAGAUAACACACACAGUCACAGCAACAACAGCAACAACAGGAACAGCAACAAUACAAACAACAAGAAAGAAGAAACAAAAUGACGAUGAGUACAAAUAAUUGCGAGAGCAUGACGUCAUAUUUCACAAACUCGUAUAUGGGAGCGGAUAUGCACCAUGGCCACUAUCCGGGCAACGGCGUCACCGAUCUCGAUGCGCAGCAGAUGCAUCACUACAGCCAGAAUCCAAAUCAGCAGGGCAAUAUGCCCUACCCGCGCUUCCCGCCCUACGAUCGCAUGCCCUACUACAAUGGCCAAGGGAUGGACCAGCAGCAGCAGCAGCACCAGGGCUACUCACGCCCCGACAGCCCCUCCAGUCAGGGGGGCGGCGUUAUGCCCGUCUCCCAAACGAAUGGCCAACUGGUUGCAGUCGCCCAACAGCAGCAGCAGCAGCAGCAAACGCCACAACAACAGCAGCAGCAGCAACAGGUGCAAUCACAGCAACAACAGGCGCAGCAGCAGGCGCCACAUCAGCAGCAACUUCCGCAGGUGACGCAACAGGUGACACAUCCGCAGCAGCAGCAACAGCAGCCCGUCGUCUAUGCCAGCUGUAAGCUGCAGGCGGCCGUCGGGAGUCUGGGCAUGGUGCAGGAGGGUGGCUCGCCGCCGCUGGUCGACCAAAUGGGCGGGCAUCACAUGAAUGCACAGAUGACGCUGCCCCAUCACAUGGGGCAUCCGCAGGCGCAGCUGGGCUACACUGACGUGGGCGUUCCGGAUGUGACCGAGGUGCAUCAGAACCAUCAUAAUAUGGGCAUGUAUGGGCAACAGCAGACGGGUGUGCCGCCCGUGGUGGCGCCACAGCAGGCGAUGAUGCAUCCGGGCGCUGGACAGGGGCCGCCGCAAAUGCUGCAGGGACAUCCGGGACAACAUACGCCGCCAUCCCAAAAUCCGAGUUCGCAAUCCUCAGGGAUGCCGUCACCACUGUAUCCCUGGAUGCGAAGUCAGUUUGAGCGCAAACGUGGCCGCCAGACCUACACACGCUACCAGACGCUGGAGCUGGAGAAGGAGUUCCAUUUCAAUCGCUACUUGACGCGCCGGCGACGCAUCGAGAUCGCGCACGCACUCUGCCUGACCGAGCGUCAGAUCAAGAUCUGGUUCCAGAAUCGACGCAUGAAAUGGAAGAAGGAAAACAAGACAAAGGGCGAGCCCGGCUCCGGCGGCGAGGGUGAUGAAAUAACGCCACCCAACAGUCCGCAGUAGUAUGGCAUUGAUGGGGCUAGUCCAAGUCUAAGUCCAAGUCGGAGUCCAAGUCGGAGUCCAAGUCGGAGUAGCGAAGCCAGCACAAAACUAAAUGAAAUUUCAAGCUAAAUACAAUUUACAAUUUAUGAAUUUGUUUUGAAUUAUCUAAGAGGACUAUGUAACUAUCUAUGCGUUGAAGUAGUACAUAACCAGUACACUACACAACACUGAAGUACACUACACAACACAACACUUCA